GACCACUCUACUGCUGCUAGGAAGCGACGAAGACGAUCCUAGCGCCUCCGGAAGAGGCCACAACAGCAACACGUUUUAUUCACUGACUCUUGCUUGUCAGUUAUGGGAUAAUUUUUUUAAAAACUUAGUAAUAUGAUAUGUAGUGUUAUUAUUAACAACAUAAAUUAGCGUCUUAAUCAUGGAAGAGGGGGCAGCGGACACGCCGGAGGAGACCUUGCUAAAGCAGCAUCGUAGGGAGAAGAAGGACCUGCAAGCCAAAAUCCAGAGUAUGAAGAACGCUGUUCCCAAAAAUGACAAAAAGAGGAGGAAACAGAUGACAGAGGAGAUUGCCAAGAUGGAGGCUGACCUCAACCAGAAACAUGACGAGGCACUGAGGCAGCUCAAAGCAACAACAGACACAAAGGUGGAGCAGGUGAUGAAUGGAGUGGAGGUGAUGAAGGUGGAGGUUGGGGAGGAGGAGGAGGAAGAAGAGGUUAAACAGCCUCGUGUCACCAAAGCCCAGAAGAGAAGGGACAAGAAGGCGGCCCAGGAGAGGGAGCGUGAGAGCAGAAUCGCCGAGGCCGAGGUGCAGAACCUGCAGGGCGUCCGCCACCAGGAGGGCCUCAAGCUGGCGCAGAAGCUCUCGCAGCGAGGUCUUCAGAUCAAGGAGAUAUCCACCGACGGCCACUGCAUGUACCGCGCCGUGCAGGAUCAGCUGGCAAGACGAUGCAAGCCUGAGCUGAGUGUGAAAGACCUGCGGUGUCGCACAGCGGCGCACAUGAGGAGCCACGCCGACGACUUCCUGCCUUUCCUCAGCAACGCCGACACGGGGGACGUGUACACGGCAGAUGAGUUUGAGAAGUACUGCAGUGAUGUGGAGCACACAGCAGCUUGGGGCGGCCAGCUGGAACUGCAAGCGAUGACGAAGGUUCUUCAGCUGCCAAUCGACAUCAUUCAGGCCGAUUCCCCGACUAUCAAAAUCGGGGAGGACAUCGGCGGCGACGCCAUCACUCUGGUGUACAUGCGCCACGCCUAUGGACUGGGAGAGCACUACAACUCCGUGGAGCAGCUGAAGGAGCCCCCCAACGCUCACACCACCUGAGAAGAAAAUAAGGAACAUGAAACAGAACCAACAUAGUGCAGUUUUUGGGUCAUAAAGCGCAUUUGUGACAUCAUUUUGUUCCGUACAUGUGAAGUGGUCCCACAUAAAGGAUGGAAGCGCUGUCCUGUCACUCAACGAGGAGGAAAUGGCAGCCUUUUCAAUCAUAGCAAC